AUGACACUCGCUGCUCAGUCGAUAUGGGAGACAAUUACGACGUCACACAGAGCCUCGCGAACUCAAGCAACUUCUCACACGAAAUGCGGCAACAAAAAUGGCCUCAAAUAUCUCUCGGGCGAUGCCUUAACUGACGAUUUGAGUUGCGUUGGACCCGAUAACAUGCCGUAUCCCGCAUCGGCGAUCAGUAGAAUGUACGGCAAUUGGAACGGGAAUGGCGGAUCGUCGUCGCGACGUGGAAGAAACAGCAAAUUUGCGACAACAAUGGAUCCGAAUCUCACGAAAAAGGCGCUGCUUUCGGCAUAUCGGGCGGCAAACGAUGAAGAUAUCGCCCAAGCCAAACAUCGUUACAGUCGAUCCACGGAAUCGCAAUGUAAAAACACGCCAGCACGGUUGUGUAAGACGCGAUAUAAUACGACAGCUCCGAUGUAUGGUGUCAGUUUAACAUCUGGUCAACCCGUAACCAUCGUUCAAAAGUUCCCGGAUCUCUUGCAACAAGUCAUUUUCGAAGUUUGCGAAUCCUCCGAAUGUGACGUCGUGCGUGGCGAAUGCACCCAAACUUACGUUCCAUAUCUCUUCCUCGUCAUCCCACUGGGGCCUGUGACGCUUACGGGACAAGAUUACGUCUUAGUUGAAAGCGGCUGUGUGUGCAAACCCAAAUAUGCCGCCCACGAAGUAACGCAAGACACCCAAAGUAUUCUCGCGGAUUUGUAGUUCACGCGAAAAUUUGGGGAAAAUGAAAGAUUUCUUUUGUAAAUACAAU